AUGAGGAUGCAGGGGUACAGGGCCCCUGUCUCCCUUAUCAUGCAGGAUUCAGCCUCCAGCUCCUCCUCUGAUGCAUCGUUUGCAUCAGUACUUGGGAACAGUUGUCCGCGCGUUGCCGCACCUCCCCACAGCGCAUUCACGGACUCCACUUUCACAGGUGAUGACAGAUACACGCUCAAGUGUAAAAUGAUGCGUUUUUAUCACGUCUGAAGUCGGAAUUAACGGAGAAUGGAGACGCGCGUCGGUCACUGUCUUUUUGUGGUUUUUUCGGAGUGGAUUUGGCUCUUCAUCCUAACUUCCAUCCAGGGCGGAACAAAAGCGGAGGUGAGGUGCCUUCCCUCAUGCCAGCCGCCGCUCAUCUCUGCCUUUCCCCGGGAACUCUCGGCGCUGGAUGCGUCUAGUUUUGGCGACUCACAAACUGACGAAUUGGUUGGAUAUAUCGAAGGGGUACCGGACACCAAGCGCACCGGCGAAGAGGGCGAGACGCGCAACACUGCGGAUUUAAAUGAAGAAAGUUCAUGUAAAGUACAGGGACCUCUGGGGGGGAAUAAAUGUCUCCGGAAGGACGUGUCCAACGGUCAGGAAAAACUUUCCCAACCUGAAGUGGUUUCACCAAGUCAUUCAAGCGCAUCCGUCCCUUCUCGCAUUGACAGUAACUUAACCGAAAAUAGCAACAAUGAUGGGAAAACUAACAGGUUUUAUGCUGAAAAUGGGACGCAGGUUAAUAUGACAGAAAAUGAGGACAAGGUUAUGGCCACUUGGAACCAGAGACGAACGCGAAGUACCGAGAGCGCAGAGACUUGGUCCGAAUUCAGACCUGAAGGUGGGGAGGAUGCUGCGUUUGUGGACCCGGAGGAAUUUCAGCUGACACAUACGACAUUUGCUCUCACUGGGGACACGGCUCAUAAUCAGGCAAUGGUGCAUUGGUCUGGACAAAACAGCAGCGUGAUCCUCAUGUUGACAAAAUACUACGACUUCAACUCUGCCAGAGUAACAGAGAGUUCUUUAUGGAGGUCAACUGAUUAUGGGACCACAUAUGAGAAACUUAAUGAAAAAGUUGGGCUGAAAACCAUACUGAGCUACUUGUAUGUGAGCCCUAAUAACAAGAGAAAGAUCAUGUUACUGACCGACCCGGAGGUGGAGAGCAGCCUGCUCAUUAGCCUCGACGAGGGGGCGUCCUAUCAGAAACACAGCUUAGCCUUUGAUAUCCUCAGCCUGCUUUUUCACCCCGAGCAGGAGGACUGGAUCCUGGCUUACAGUCAUGACCAAAAGCUCUAUGUCUCCGUAGAAUUUGGGAGAAGAUGGCAGCUUGUGCAUGACAACGUGGUCCCCAACAGAUUCUACUGGUCCAGACUAGGUUUAGAUAAGGAGCAAGGAAUGAUUCACCUGGAGAUCAGUGUCUCAGAUGGACGGUCACAAUACAUAACUUGUAAACUUCAGAAUUGCUCUGAUGGAAACAAGGGCAAACCCUUCCCUGGAUUUAUCAUCCCCAAUUCUCUGGUGGUUCAGGAUGAAUACGUUUUCAUCCAGGUGCCAGUAGGGGUCCAGUCUGUCCAUUACGUGUCCUAUAAAAGAAAUGCUUUCUACCCGAUGAAGCUUCCCAAGUACACGCUGCCAAAGGACUUGCAGAUAAUCAGCACAGAUGAUAAUCAGGUGGUGGCGGCGAUUCAGGACUGGCACCAGAAUGACUCGUACAACCUGUACAUGUCUGAGUCCAGGGGGCUGUUCUUCACUCUGAUGCUGGAAAACGUUGUGAGCAGUGGAGGACCAGAGGGCAACAUAAUGAUAGACCUCUAUGAGGUAGCAGGGAUUAAAGGGGUGUUCCUGUCAAAUAAAGUUGUUGAGAACCAAGUAAAAACUUAUAUCACAUACAACAAGGGGAGAGACUGGCGCCUUCUUCAGGCUCCAACAACCGAUCUCCAGGGAAACAAGAUCUAUUGUGAACAGCCGUACUGUUCCUUACAUCUGCACCUUCACGUGUCGGAGAAUCCUUACACCUCGGGAAACAUUGUCAGCAAAGAUUCAGCUCCAGGAAUUAUAAUAGCAUCAGGUGUGGUCGGACCCGAGUUAACCAGCACAAAUGUCAGCAUUUUCAUCACAUCAGACGCUGGAAACAGCUGGAGAGAGGUUUUUCAGGAAGAAUACAGUGUGUUUUUCCUGAAUCAAGGAGGAUCUCUGGUGGCAAUCCGACACACACCUCUGCCAAUUAGACACAUUUGGCUGAGUUUUGAUGAGGGCAGAAACUGGGACAAAUAUAGCUUCACCUCCUCUCCGCUCUAUGUUGAUGGGGUGCUGGGGGAGCCUGGAGAGGACACCCUGAUAAUGACAAUCUUCGGUCAUUUCAGUCAUCGGUCUGAGUGGCAGCUUGUCAAAAUUGAUUUUCGGUCCAUCUUCCAACAUCGGUGCACUUCUGAAGAUUAUCUGACCUGGCAGUUGCACAAUGAAGGGGAAGUGUGCAUCAUGGGAAUGAAAAGAAUCUUCCAAAAACUGAAAGCAAACGCCCGAUGUGUCAAGGCCAGAGAUCAGUACAUUUCCCAGAUAUCAGACUCUUGCCCAUGCACAGAGGCAGAUUUUGAGUGUGACUACGGUUUUGAGAGACAGCUUGAUGGGAGCUGCACUCCAUCGUUCUGGUUCAUUCCUUCAGCCACAUCUAGAGACUGCAUCACUGGAGAUAGCUUCCUCAACACAACAGGGUAUCGCAAGGCUUUAUCUAACAACUGCACUGAAGUAACUCUGUUGAAGUAUAGCCCCAGGCGGCAGAAGUGUCCCAGCCAGGCCCCCAGAGGCCUCCAGCUUUUCACCAGUGAGGGAACACUAGUGGCAACUCUGGAGAAGAAUGUCACCUUCUUGGUUUUCCUGGAAGAGGGUCUCAGCUCCACAACAAGCAUUACAGUGGACUUCGGCGAUGGGACUUCUAUAUCAUAUGUUAAUAUCAGCUCCAUUGAUGACGGGGUCAAGCACAUCUACUAUAAAGUUGGCAUCUACCAAGUUUCCGCCACAGCGAGCAACGCUCUGGGAUUUGACAGGGCAGUGCUCUACCUCCAUGUGUCCUGUCAACUUGAACAGGUCCAACUCCUCGCUCCGUCUGUGGUUGUCAAGCACAAAGCUGUAAACCUCAUGACGCUGCUACGACCCAGCAACGUGGGAACAGUCACCUAUUACUGGUGGUUUGAUAAUAAAACCGAGCCGGUGGUCACCUUAGAUGGAGGGAUGUCCUUUACGUUCUCUAAAGAGGGAAGUUACACCGUCACAGUGCAGGCUUCGGUUGGCAACACCGUCCUUCAAGAUCAGAUGACUGUGGCAGUCUACGACUACUUUCGGUCACAUGUUUUAGCCUUCUCCUCUAAUUUGGAUGAGCUGAACCCUGGGGUGUCAGAGUGGAGAGAGGAUAUCAGCAGAGUGGUGAAAAACUCCAUGGUCCAGGUCACAGGAAUCAGCGAGGAUCAGCUUCUGGUCACGGUGCCUGCAGGUUUGCCAACUACGGCAGAGAUUUUCAUUGUGCCUGAGAAGAGGUCAAGAGGUGCAGCAGUGGAAGAAAAGUGGGCGAACUUAGAUCAGCUUUCUCAAGUUUUGCUAAGUGCUCUGAACCAGGACCUCAUCCAGUUCACACUCAAACCGGGGGUGCAGGUGAACGUCUACGCCACGCGCCUGUCUCCAGCUCCUCUGGUGGACAGCAGCGACACUGGCCACAGUGGCACCGCCAUCAUCAUGCUGGUGUCUGUCGUACUGAUGGGCUUGGCCAUCUUUGUAAUAUAUAAAUUUAAAAGGAAGAUCCCAGGCAUCAACACAUACACAGUGGAACAGCCUGACAAAGAACAAGAGGUCAUCCCAACUGUGACCUCCAUAGCAGUCCCAAACCCUGAGGGGGACAACCUGACCUCGCUGGACCAUGUCGAUGUACAGUUAGACGCAAAAAGCAGAGGCUACCUGCCAUCUCACACAGACAUCAAGCUCUCUGAUGAAGCGCCCCAUGUGUUUUAAUGUUGAGAGUCUAUGACCGACUCGAAAGCAAUACAUCUUCUUUGGCAGUUACUUCCAGCAAGCUAUGAAACCACGGUCACAAUGAAUGGUCUCGAGUGUUUUGCUACCCAUGCAUGGAUGGACCAGUUCACACUGUGCUGCCUAAUCCCUCUGAGGAGACUGUACAGAUUUAUACUCGCUUCUUGAAAAGGGACACUUUUUGACUGAAAAUACUUGUAUUUUUGCAAGGACAUUGAUCUUUUUAUGUAAAUAAUGUACAUCCAUAAUGGAAGAACUCAAAGUUAUUUGUCUCAGCUGGUUACAGCUGUGUCUCCUCAAAUAUGAAAAUAUCAAACAGUGGAACAGCGGUGAUGUAUAGUAAUAUCUCAAAAUAUGCUUCUGUUUCUGUUCUUUGGGCUUGUGUUUGUGAAGUUUACUUUGUUUAACUAUGUGGAAAUAGCUUAUCUGAGUAAGACAGUGAGGGAACCAGAUUCAUUAAGCUUUGUACAAUCAGUAAAUCUUAUCAUGAGAUUCUCAUCAAAUGAAAGCUUGCAAUAUCCAGGAGAUGAAGGAGGGCUCGUAGUCCCAGAUCUGUGUAUUCCAUCAGGCCCGUCUCUCGCAGCUCAAAAUGUUAUAUGUGUCAUAACAAAAAUAAGAACAGAUGAGUGAAGUAGAUGAAGAUGAUAGAAGAUAUACUCAAUAAGUAUACAGUAGUACAUGAGCAUCUAAGCAAUACCUGCAUCCAAAUUAGUCCCUUUGUGGUGCUGGAAUGAAUUCAAACAUGAUUAAUGUUGAGCCAAAAAAAGACAUUUUUUCGGUCUGAAGUAAAUAACAUAUCGGAAUAAUUUUGUAGCAGAAGUCUCUGUCUAAGAGUUGAUCUGACUUUUUAACUCUUCUUGUUGCCAGGAGCAUUCAUUGUACAUUCGGGUUUGUGUAAAACGAACCAAAUGUAAAUUUUCUGAAUUUAAUUACUGGCUGUACAACAAAGACGCUACAGUUGCAGCUGCAGUGGAAAACUCCAUAGAGGUUCAUUUAUAUUAGUUAUGUAAAGAAUAGUUGGCCAUUUGUCUUGCGCAGUGAUUUCAUUUAGCAUUUCAACACUAAGGUAAAGAGACAGUUACUGCUCAUGUUUUUAUUGGUUUUCCAUGAUUGAUCUCACUGUGAAGGUUCCUAAAAAUCUACAGUGGCCAACUCAACUAUAAUUGAGUCCAAAUACCAGUCUUUGUUCUCUGUUUAUGUACCGCAACGAUACCAGCAUCUAAACAAGGCAUUUCCUCAGUUUACAGUAAUGCACAGGAGCCUACGGUCUGUUCUAGUUUUGCCCCCAAGGACUCAACGGACAAAAGGCUGUGGAUUUGUUCAUCUCCUUUGCUGCAAGGGACACAGAGAUAGAGAAGACAUAUCUGCUGUCAACAAGGCUCAGCCUACGCACAGAGCUUUGGUCAGCUGCUGUCUCUUUGGGAUAAGUACUGGAGUUUUUCUUCAUCAAACUUUUCUUUUUAAGUGUUGUCAGCAUCAUGUGUCAGUAAGAUAAAUUGACUAGAGGCUGCUCCAUACUUCUUUCCUCCAAUCCACCGAUUGAGCCUGAAGCAUAAAUAAACUGGUUCUCUUCAUCAGAUGAACACUUUCUCAACAUCAAUAUCGGGAGAUUUUUAUUUUGUGCUUGUUAUUUAUAUAAGAAUUUUUGGAAAGUCCCAAUAAUCGACCUGUGAAAAAGACUGUGAACAUAUCUGCAUGGUGUUUCUUUUUCCUUUCAAGAAACUUAAAGUAAGUCUUAAUUAGGAGAUAAUGAAAUAUGUAGAAAUGUGAACUGCUGUAUUUUCUGUUUCUCAGAGGCUAGACAGCUCAUUCAUUACAAGUGAUGUGAUUAUUCAGUGGGUUGUUAGUGUGUUUUUUGUUUUAUCUCGCAUAAGUAACCAUGAUUGCAGAAUAAAGCAAAAACACGACAUUAUGCUCUACGUCUGGUUGUUCAACAGGCAUUUCUGAAAGCAACUUAUUUCUGCAGUCUUUGAUGAAUUAAAAUCUACCAAGUU